AUGGAGGAUAGUCAUACUCAAUCAUCAGCGGCUCGCCGGCGCAGACCAGCACUAUCGUGUACAAUAUGCCGGCGCCGAAAAUUGAAGUGUGACCGAUCGCUUCCCUGCGGACAGUGCGUGAAGUCCAAAACGCCUGAUCUAUGUCUCUUUUCCGCACCCAAGCCAUCUCAGAGUGCAGCUUCUGGGUCAACGAUGGAAAGCUCGCCAUCAGACCAUAGGCACGUGCCGAGUGACGGUGCCAGUUCUGGAGGAAGCGGGCUUUACGUUUUUGACUCGAGGAAUCGCGUAACCAAACCCCGGGGACGGCCGGACGAGCUCCACGAGCUGCGAAAUCGUGUGCAGAUGUUGGAACAGGCGCUUGUCAGAGGGGGCUCGACACAACCCCCAGAAGUCUCUGGAUAUGACUGCAUUCCGGAGUUUCCAAUUAGGACGGCUGCAGAUGGGAUCUCGGAUCAAGUGAUGAACCUGUCUGGCAGAGCGUGCUUCCGCGGUAGGAAUGGUAGGACGCGUUAUCGCGGACGCUCUACUGGAGAGCUAACAAUCACUUUUUUGAGAUCCCGGGAAAUACAGGACCAGGAACGCGUUAAGCAAGGGACACCGUCCUCGCUUAAAGAUAUGCUUCCGCCUCGGAAUAUUGCGGAUGAACUACUAAAUCUAUAUCUAUCGACCUUCGAGACUACCUAUCGCAUCCUACACAUACCCAGCUUUCUUAAAGAAUACGAGGCAUACUGGGCUUCAUCUGAGACACCUGACACCAUUUUCAUUGCUAAGCUCUUGGCCCUGAUGGCUGCAGGCAGCUGUUUUAUUAGCUCUUCGACCACAGUUAACGGAAAAGACACCCUGCAUGAUGUUGCUGUGGGUUGGGUCCUCGGUGUCCAAUCUUGGAUCGGAUCCCUUUUCGUGAGCGCAACGGCAAAAUUUGACAUCUUGCAGAUACAGUGUCUUUUGAUGAUUGCGCGCCAGUCGCUGGCCGUUGAUGGGGAUGUUGUGUGGCUCAGCUCGGGCUCUCUCAUCCAUUCAGCUACCAUAAUGGGGAUGCACAGGGAUCCCACACGGUUUAGCAAAAUGACCCCCUUCUGGGCAGAGAUGCGUCGUCGGUUAUGGGCUACUAUCUUGGAGCUCGACCUGCAAGCAUCUAUAGAUGUCGGCAUCCCACCAUCAAUUGACACAGACCAAUAUGACUGUGAUAUGCCGUCGAACUUGGAUGAUUCGGAUUUAACAGAAGAUAUGUUAGAGACCCCAAUGGGAAAAGAGAAAGCAAUUUCGACCCAGUGCAGUUUUCAAACCAUGCUCGCUCGCUCGUUCCGGUUGCGGGUGCGCAUCGCCAAGGCCGUGAAUAGCUUGAGGUUUACAUUGCCAUAUGAUGAAGCGCUGGCACUUAGUGAGGAGCUUGUACGGUUCAUGAACGAGGCUCUGGUUCCCUUUCUUACCCCGGUUGCCGACGGAAUUCCAUCCUUUUCCAGGUCAUUUAUGUUAUUUCUAAUGAAAAGAUCCCUUCUCCUUCUGCAUCGGCCUUUUUCACUAAGUAUAUCCAUGUCGCCCAAAUACUCCUACUCACGCAAAGUCUGCCUGGAGUCGGCCCUGGAAAUGCUUACACAAUUUGAAACCCAAAUUCCUGACUUUCAGUCAUCUCGGACCCCUUGCCUAGGGCAUAUCGGCGGUGGCAUGUUCCGUGAUGAGUGCGUACAUGCUGCUAUUGUCAUUUGUGUGGAGAUAUCUCUACAGGUUACCGAAUCAGGCUCAAACUCAGCACCCUCAACUCAAGGUGGCUCUCUAAAUGACAUUGUGCGAUCACAACGAGAAGUCCUGUUGCGUGUACUUGAACGGACUCGGGACAACUUUCGCAGUCGAAUAUCUCCAAAAGGAAGUGGAUGCAAAGCUUUCGUGUUCAUGAGUAUGGCCCUAGCCUCUGUGAAGGCUCGACUGAACGGGGAAGAUCCUCUGAAAAAAAUCGAACGAGAUGCAUUACAGACAGUGCAAAUUUGCCAUCGAGUUAUCGGAGGCUUGUCUAAUGAGGGAUUACAAGUGCGGCCCGAGGGCGAAUUAUCUGAUGUCGGACCGUCUGCCAUACACACACCAGACUUCGCGUCUUCCACUUCUGAAAUAUCGUUUGACCCUCUCUCAAUGCUGACCAACAACGCCGCUGAUUUUUCGCCACUCGACUUCAACAGCAUGUUUGAUACGUCUUACUAUAGGAUGCCCGACCUUUGGGAUCCAGACUUUCUUGCAUUGGCCGAGUGA